AUAGUGCGUAUACAUCCGCGUAUUUUCCUAACUCUCACAAACACACAAACAGAUAAGAAUACUUGUUGCAUCAAACGGGUUAUUCCAGAUUGAUUCAGGAUCAGCGAACAAUCAACAACUGAACUGAAGAGCUGAAAGAAUCUUUUUCGUAAUUUUCUUUAUUAUGAAAAAUACGAAAAUUAUUAUUUUAACAAUUAUAUUCGGCUUGAUAGAACGUGGAUGUACACAAUGUGGAACAGAAAAAUUUCAAUGUAAAAAUGGAGAUUGUAUAAAAAGUGAAUUAUUAUGUGAUGGAUCAGCAGAUUGUAAAGAUAAAUCUGAUGAAACAGUAGUAGAAUGUACUAAACCUGAAAUUAUAUGUCAGAGGCUUGCAUUUCGUUGUUCUUAUGGUGCAUGCAUAGAUGGAGAUAAAACGUGCAAUGGUGAACAAGACUGUAUUGACAACAGUGAUGAAACAUUACCCACAUGUAGAAGUGUUUCCUUUAAUACAUCUUCAUUUAAUUCAUGUGGGAAAAAUCAAUUUAAAUGUGAUGAUGGACAAUGUAUUGCUGAAAGUGGUUUAUGUGAUGGUAAAAUAGACUGUAUAGACAAUUCAGAUGAAACAAUUUUUAAAUGUAGUACAAUUACAUGUCCACAAUAUUUGUUUCGUUGUACGUAUGGAGCCUGUAUUGAUGGAGAUUUAAAAUGCAAUGGAGUUACAAAUUGUGCAGAUGGUUCAGAUGAAGAUCCUAAAAUAUGCAGAAAUACAUCUGAAAAAUCAUCUACUACUAUCAGGCCAACAAUAAGGCCUUCUACAUCUAGUCCUAUUACUCCGGGUUCUAUAUCUUGUACUGCACCACCAAAACCAGAAAAUGGUUAUUGGAAAUUAGACCAAUCAUAUUGGCGUAAUGGAAAAGAUAAAAUAUGUGACAACUGUGAUGUUCCACAAGGUACAAAAUUAGCACCUGGGCAAGAAUUAAUAUAUGGAUGCAAUUCCGGUUAUAAGUUAACUAGCAGUGCUUCAGUGUUUUGUAACAGUCAAGGUCAAUGGAUAAACAUUCCAGAAUGUAAAGAAAUACGUUGUAAAGGAUUAAUAUCAUCUUCCAGGAGUGUUGAAUGUAUGCAUAAUGGUAAAUAUGUGCCAUGUUCUGAUGUUGUUCCUGGGACAACAGCAAAAUUAAAAUGCCGUGAUGGUUAUCACAUAGAGAAAGGCUCUACAUUAUUUGAUGUUAGAUGUAAUGAAACAGGUGGAUGGUUUCCAGAGCCAAUACAAUGUGUUCCAGCAUGUGGUAUUCAACCUUUAAAUUUCGUACCAGCUAUUGUAAAUGGAACAAGACCUGAUGUUUUUGAAUUCCCAUGGCAUGCCUCACUCUACCGAGCGAUGAACUCCACUGCACCAAAAGAAUUUAUCUGUGGUGCAACUAUUAUUCAUGAAAGACUUCUAGUUACAGCAGCGCAUUGUGUUUUUGAUGAAUCUGGAAUAACUCCAAAAGUAUAUGAUGCAUCAAAAUUUCACAUAGCUGCAGGCAAUAUUUUUAGAAAUUAUGAUUCUCCUCUUCAUGAAGACACAGUAGUGCAAAAAGCACAGGUGAAACAUAUAUACUAUAUUUGUGAAUAUAAUGGAUAUAAAGGAAAUUAUGCUGAUGACAUAGCUGUGUUGGAAAUUAAAGAUACAUUUAAUUUUUCUAGUAUAUUACUACCUGUAUGUUUAGAUGACUAUGGAUGGAUUUCAUUAGAGGAUGGGUUGUUUGGAAAAGUUGCAGGGUUUGGAAGGACUGCUUUUGGAAUCUCCAGUCUUAUUAUACAAAAAAUUGAAGUGCCAUUUAUUCCUUUUGAACGGUGCAAAACUUUAAGUAGUACUUAUGAUACACGACAUUUUAUUACAACUGAUAAGUUUUGUGCAGGUUAUACGAAUGGUUCAGCAGUUUGUGAGGGCGACAGUGGUGGCGGAUUGGUCUUUAACAACAGUGGAUUAUGGUAUUUAAAAGGCAUUGUUAGUGUUGGUCUUGGUACAAAACAAGAAGGAGGAAAUCUAGUCUGUGAUAAUUAUGCAUAUUCUUUAUAUACUAAAAUUUCCAGUCAUAUGUCAUGGAUUCAAAAUAUUAUUUUCAAGAUAGACAAACCAUCAUUAUUAAAUCGGUGUCCAUCAUAAUUGAAAUGCUCAAUGAUUAAUUUAAAAAAUUAUAAUUUAUCUACCAGUAAUUUUUAUUACAAAAAAUUGAGAUUGAAAGGGAUUGAGAUUGAGAAUCUACUUAUCUUUUCCAACACAACAUACAUUGGUGAAAUUUUAUAUUUAUUUUUAUAUAUGUAAUGUGUAUUUUUUACAUUAAUCACC